AGUAUAUUUUGAUAUUUUAUAAGGUUAUAAACUUAUAAUGUGAUUUUUUUUUUGUCAACAUAAAUUUAUAAUGUGUUAAUAUUUGUUAAUUCAUUGUUAAAGUGCUCAUAUACUAUUAUUUUAACUACUUAGAUUAAACAGAAAAGGAGAGUAAUUAACGGAACUAAGAAAAGGCAAACGAGUCACGAGCAAUGACCAGUUGAUAGGAAGCAGAUCGGGAGCAUCACGUGACCUACCCGAUUUAACGGUCAUGAUUGGAUAUGAAAACUAUUAGUGGUCCCCACCAAACGAAAGGUGACCUGUCACAGUCCUCAAGAUGCCACAAUCUCUGCCACGUAUCUUGCAUUCACAUUUAUUUCUAGUUAAUUAUUUGAGCUAUAAUCUUAGAUUAGUAACAUAAUAUAUUUUCUAUUAUAAUCCCUCUUUAGACAUGGAUAGUCCAUAGUUGGAAAACUGCUGUCACUGGAUAAGAAUAAUGUUAUAAAAAAAUCAGGUCUAUCAUGUACAAAAUAAAUACAGCUAUUAUAAAAGCGGCUUGAUAUUCUUGACUUUUUGUGUACUUUCAAAAUAAAAAGCAUAUAAUCGUUCAACCAAACAAAAAAAAAAGGCCCAAUAAAUUCUUCGUAAUGUACACAAACCGGCGUCGUUAAUGGUCAAACAGAGUUUCCAUUUACUUGCUUUAUUAAAAAAAGCCUGAGCACGUGUUAACACAUAAGUGGUAUGCUUGUAAAUUACAGUAUACUUGCAUGGUAAUUUCGUCGUUUGAUAAUCUACGACCCCACCUGGUAAGUGCUUCUUCAUUUAUUACUCACCAGAAGAGGAGAACAAUAAACUUAAAACAGAACAAACAAACAAAAAGCUUAAGAGAAAAAAGCGCCAAAUUAGUUUUCUCUCUAAGGAUUGAUUACAAGAAGAAGUAAAACAGAACAUUCCAGUGAUCGGAAGAUGACUUCUGGGACUAGAACGCCGACUUGGAAAGAGAGAGAGAACAACAAACGGCGAGAGCGGCGAAGACGUGCGAUUGCGGCUAAGAUCUUCGCGGGGCUUAGGAUUCAUGGGAACUUUAAGCUGCCGAAACACUGCGAUAACAACGAAGUUCUCAAAGCUCUUUGCAAUGAAGCUGGUUGGACCGUAGAGGAAGACGGGACUACUUACCGUAAGGGAUGCAAACCAAUGGAUCGAAUGGAACUCAUGAACGGUUCUACUUCAGCGAGUCCAUGCUCAUCUUACCAACCAAGCCCUCGUGGUUCCUACAAUCCAAGCCCUUCAUCUUCCUCAUUCCCUAGUCCUACAAACAUAUUUGGUGAUGCUAACUCUCUAAUCCCAUGGCUCAAGAACCUCUCUUCAAACUCACCUUCCAAGCUUCCCUUCUUCCACGGGAACUCCAUAAGCGCUCCCGUGACUCCACCGCUGGCUCGAAGCCCUACUCGUGACCAAGUAACCAUCCCUGAAUCUGGAUGGCUCUCUGGAAUGCAAACCCCACAGAGCGGACCGUCCUCUCCUACUUUCAGUUUAGUUUCGAGAAACCCGUUUUUCGACAAAGCGGCUUUUACAAUGGGAGAUUGUAGCUCACCAAUGUGGACUCCUGGUCAAAGUGGAAACUGCUCUCCAGCUAUCCCUGCUGGUGUUGAUCAAAACUCUGACGUGCCAAUGGCGGAUGGAAUGGCGGCAGAGUUUGCGUUUGGAAUGGUGAAGCCUUGGGAAGGAGAAAGGAUACAUGGAGAAUGCGUUUCAGAGGAUUUAGAACUUACACUUGGAAAUUCAAGAACCAGAUGAUGAUUUUGAGAGAAGAAUCAAACAUCGUUUGCUACCAAUCAUGUCUCUUAUCAAAUUAGUUAAUCUCUUGCUUUUCAUUCAUCUUUGUUUGUCUGUUUUUUUACUAGUGUGAUGAUUAAAGGUGAUUGAGAGAAAAAAAAGGGAAAAGAAAGAAGAAAAAAAAAACAUUUUGAAACUAUAUUUUUCUUGUUGGCUUUUGACUAAUGCUGUAGUUGAGUAGAAUUUUGUCUCUCCAAGUUUGUUUAUUUUAUAUUAAUUAAUUUUAUAAUUA